GCAGUUUAGCCCAUCCUCAUGGAUUGUGUGUUUGUUACGUUGAAACUGACGUUGAACCGCCGAAAAGAGGAAGUGAUCCUGCGGGUUGUUCGCUUUUAUUUUCAUAACCGCUUAAUUUCUCAGUUUAAACACACAAACACUCAGUCAAAGCAUAUUUUACUGAAUAUUUACAUUUAUAUUGUCCUGGAAAUUGUCCCGUAACACUUUAUUUAUGUGGAACACAAGUGCGGGCGUGUUUUUGUUUCCAUGGGAACACUUAAGACACGGACUUGUAAACAUUACACGCGUGGGUUGAGCUGCUCACGUCUGCAGCUUUGCUCUGCGUGUGACUGUCAGGCAUGGGUCCAGGAAAUGUCAGAGCAGCUGAGUUAAAGAAGUCUAGGAAACACCUCAGGCUGGACUUUUUCACGAUAUUCAGGUUAUUUCCGGUCAGUUUGACAUUUCAGCUCUUCCUGAAGAGAUGAAAAUCCUCUUUUUAGCCCCUCUGAGCCCUAAAACUGGGAACCACACCACAGCUGAGAGGAUAAGGUAAUGACUCUGUAGAUAAGUCUGAGUUCUUGGUAGUAGAAGAGCAGAGCUUUCUCAGAACAUGUCUGUUUAUGUUUAAUGACUGCAGUAAAUCAGCACCUGUGUGAUCAGAAAUACUUCAUGUUUCCUUUAUUGAAGGUCCCACAUUGAAGCAGCAGGACACACCUGUGAGCUCAGAGAUGCAGCAGACUUUCAGACUCCUGCUCAGGUGACAAACCUGGUAUCACGUAAUCCUCCAUUUGACGCUGCUCUGGCCAUCCACCUGUAUAAAGCAGGCAGGUUCCUCUUAGGUAAACAUCCUCUCUGUCAUAUGAUCUAUUUACCCUCCUGUGUUUCUACAGUACCUGUACACGUACCUGUAAACUACCACCUCAUCCACAAAUGUCAGAAGCACCCUUUCUUUUAUGUCUAGACAUGGCAGCGCCUUUUGGUGUUAUCUUUGGAGGAACAGACAUAAAUGAAGAUAUGAAAGUGGAGCAGAAGCGUGUGGUUAUGGAGCAGGUGCUGCUGAAAGCCAGGUGAUGUUGCUGCAGAUGACACUCUCUUCAUUGUUUCUGAACACAUAUUAUAUUAUUAUCAUAUUAUAAUUAGUAGUAUUAUAGGUGGAGAACUAUAAUGUUAAAACAUGCAUGAAGACAAGUACAUUUUCUAUGUUCAUAACUCUUCAUAUGAUCCAAAAAUGACUCACAGGACAGUUUUGAGGACAAUCACAGGUGUAACUAAAACCUGAAGUGAAUUUAGCUGUGACACUUUACAGGACCUUAAAGGUGGGGUAGUCAGGAUCUGAUGAAGUUUCAGUUUUUGGAGAGAAAUCUUGAAUGUAAACUCUACCCCUCCCAACCAGUUUUCCCCUCAGCUCCUCCCCUCAAGCCCCGCCCACAAACAGACGCUCCUGCUCGCUCGUAUCGUUCCAAUUAAAUUCAGAUAUAAUGCAGAUAAAUACUUCAGAUCAUUUCAAAUGGGGCCCAGUCAAGGUGAAAGUCAAAAGCAUUGGUGCUACUGUAGAUGCCAACAGACUACCAGCAAACACAAUGUUUGCAGGACUUCUACAACGAGGAUAAAGUGACAUAGUCCAGGACCCGAGGGAGGACAGUUUAGCGAUGGCGCUACAACACGCUACAGCAGGUCCGUUUGACAAGAAACACUUCUGUUACAGACACUUGUCUUACUUUGUUAAAGCGGUUUACCUGUCCAGCAGAAAGGUUACAGGGUCACCAAGAUCCCCAAGCGUCCCCCAUCGUUUAUGUUGACCCGGCUUUUUAGCUCUUGUCUGGUCUACCUCCGUUUUAAGCGCCCGAUAUUCCUCCAGAGUCUCCGGUAUUUACUUUGUUUUCUUGCUUGUGUCGGCAGUCGUGGCCAAAGGAGGAUUCAGACAAUUUUCCGAACUUUCUGGUUGGUUUCUACUGUCCGAUAUUGUAGCACGCUAACUUUGUUUGGGCUCCUGAACGACACGGGGGAGCAGCGUCUGCCUCACAACCAAUCAGGUUAGAGGAGGUGGAGAACGUCUUUGUUUACAGUCAGAAAGAGCGGACCGCUCAAAAAUGUUCAAAUGUUGACGACACAGACAUAAGAGAACACAGAGAUAUCGAUAUAUUACCAAAUGUCAUCAAUAACUAAUAACUAUUGACUGAUAUUAAAAGAUUUUGUGUAAAUACGCCACAAAUAAAGAAGCUUCUUUAACAGAUUCCUGCCUACACCACCUUUAAUAAGACUUACAUUACUCUUAGUUACACCUUUGCCUGUCUCAUGUCUGCUGUUAGAGAUUGUCUAGUGAACAUAUUAGUCAUAGUCACUUCAUGCAUUAUCAGUCCAACUGUGAUAAUAACAUGUUGCAUGUUGUACUAACUGUCUCUCAUAGAGGUUUGAUGCAGAUGUCCCCACCCUGAAGUGUGAGCAGAGAGUAAACGUGACCUUUUACUGUUUGUUUACCUGAAAUCAACCCUGAAUUUAAAUCGUUUUGUGAUCACUGGUGUUGAAAAUACUAACAGUUCAAUCUGAUAUAACUUUGUAAAGUAAUAAUGAAAAACUAUCAUCCUACCCGUGGAGAUAAAUUGCGUACUAACAAAAGUCGCUGCAUGUGCCAAAGUGACUUAUUUCAAUAUUCAUCCUUGUGUUAUUGUUGCUGAUAUUAAUUCUAAGUAAGUUUCAGUCAUGUCUGCUGUAAGUAAGAGUAACACUGAAUACAAACAGGUUGUGUCUUCCCUUUAACCCCAGUUUAAAAAUUCAUGUAUGCAUACCAACACUCUGCCUUAUGCCCUCCAAUCAGACCCUGAUGUUUCCGUUAAUAUUACAGUAAAAAAAAAAAACUUCUAGAUGUACUAGGGGGUAUUCAGCUAAGUAAGUCUAAGGGGAUAAUUGCCUUCAGGGAGAAGGGGGGAAUUGCAGGUCUCAUAACUUCAAACAUAUCUCAGUCCUCACACCUCCUGCUGUUAGCGCCUUCUCACACAAACCUUGAUCAUGAUAUUCCGUCACCACUUUGAGCCUGCUGGCCCAUUUGUAACUGCACGCACACACACACAUGCUCACACAUGCUCAAAUGAAUACAUCCCCACUGGUUUUUGCUCCACAUUUUCUUUGUCUUCCUCUUUGCAUUCUCCGUGCGUUCAUCCUGAAAUCCUUUGCCUUCAAACCACGGGCAGUUUUUCUGCUCUCACGCACUCAGUCUCAGCCCGGAGACUUCCCUGUUUUACUGUCGUUACAGCUGCUUUUCGCUCUGUUAUUGUCCUAAUCGUCGACUUAAACUUAACUGUCAGCAAUGAACAUUUUUGGACUGAAUUGGCGUCACAGCGAUGAUAAUAAAGUGUUUUUCUUUUGAAUCAGGUUUGCUGUUGCCUUUACUGACAAACUGAAAGAAGAGGCAGAGCUCUUUCUGGUAUGAUUUUACUCUUUUGAAUUUUAUUUGCUCGUUUCCAUUAGUGGUAAUUUAUGUCAAAUACACAUCAGUAACUUUAUGUGCAAGUCUGCGCCCAAUGUGGCGAAACAUGUUUAAUAGCAGCUCAGCUCGUUUCAGUUUUAUAAGAAUGUUCCUCCAAGUAUCUGACUGCAGGUUCAUCAGUAUGUGUGUGACUGCAGCCCCCUGACACUUAAUCCCAACAUCAACACAGCGACUGAGAGAGCAUUGUAAUUGAUAUUAAACAUCAGCAAAACAUUAACCUAAUCAAGAAGUGAGGGCCAAAGUUUCUCCUUUGCACUUUAUGGCACAUGAGCAGAGAGCGGCAGCCUGACAGCUUCAAUAAAGUGGAGCAGCAGGGAUUUUACUAUACAAACACAACACUCUGCCCUGUCCCGUAAUAGUUUGGCAUUAAAACAAUAUUACCGUGUUUUAUUUUCAGAUUAGGUUUCACCCGUGGGCUGCAGAUUGAGGCGAGUGGCAUGCUUUAUCUCCACCGUUUAGUGCUGACAGCAGGCGGGCAGGCAGGACAGGCUCUGAGAGGCAUCGCCACACUUUUUAUUGUGACAGAAAACACACAUAGGGGAUGGAUCCACUGUGAUAACAUCCAGUCAAUUUCCCCUCCAUCCCCCUGAUUUAUUCUGCAGCACGACCAUUAUCUCUGUUACCGCUGUCCGGACUCACUUCAGAAGUUUGAAUUUGACUGAAUAUGUGCGCAGCUCAAAGUGCUUUAUUGACUCGGUCUAUUGACUGACACACACAGGUAGAAAUAAGCAAAUUGGGGUUUUUUUGUAUAAACAAACACAAGCAGUAAUUACUGAUUGAUUUAAAACUCUCCUGGCUCUUGUUUUAACCACAGUUUCCUCUUUUUUUCCCUCUAAAGCUGUCCCAGAGCAGUAAGAUCUAUGUCCAGCCUCAAGGUAAGCUCUGCAGGAUGAACAUCCUCGCCUCCCGCUGUGCGACUCCGACUCGCCGCUGAAGUGUUGCAUUAAUCAGCUCUGACAUUUUUUCCUCCAUUAUCAUGCUGUCUGCAGCACAGAGUUGUGUUUGCUCUUGCCAUUGGCCGCCGUGCCAUGUAGGACAGCCCAAAUCACUCUUCCAUGUUGCUUCCCACCAGUAGCCGUGUUUGGCAAAUAGUGUCCCUUCAUAGAUUAGAGAAGAGCCCUUGGCUGGCUGCAUGGCUGAGCCCGGACCAGUGGAAGCUUAUUUUUUAUUCCUGUUGACAGAUAAUGAUCUGGAGUGCAUCUACAUGGACCACACAAAAUCAUGUUUUUGAACUACACGUGUUUAAUCGUACCUUCAGAGGAAAGGCUUUGCAACCCGGCCAAACUAGGUGGAAAUGUUCGGCUUCAGUGUGUCUAUGUUGGAAAAAUGAAUCACAGUCUUACUGAGUUAUGUGAGGACAUGUGUGUCGUCUUACAUGAAGCAGAAGUCACUGAAGGAACAAAGUUUAAGAUCACGGAAAACUGUAUUUGUGCAUUUUCUGUAACAGUCAUGGUUUGGUGUGACGCUAAUGAGAUACAAUCAAAGUUUAACUAAAACACUGUUUGUAAUUUAUCUGUUUACUUCCUGUUUAUUUUCAGGAAUCCAAACAGAAGCAGCUGAACAAUUCUGCUGGACUGAAUUCUUGAAGAGCUCAGGUACGGAAACUACUUUGAGCUUUUAUAUGAGACAGACCUUUAAAACAGAGAUAGACCAAUUAAUUUAAUUAAUCCAAUUUCCCCUCAUGGAUAAAUAAAGUUCUUGUCAUCUUAUUUUAUCUUAUUUCAUCUCAUCUCACUUCACCUCUUCUCAUCUCACAUCAUCUCAUCAUAUUUUAUCCUAUCUAUUUACCUAUUUAUUUAUCUCAUCUCAUCUUAUCGUUUAGGCCAGUUAAUGACAUCCUGAAAUAAUCGUCAUAAUGUCGGUAUCAUCACUCACGGGGCCAAUAUCACUGUUAUCUUCUCUAAAUGAAGAAUGCAAUUUUCCACUUCCAAUGAGAACAUAUUAGAUCCAGCGUUUAUAUAUAAAUAUUAGUAUUUAAUGUAAUAGGAGUUUGGUUGUAUUAGAAAGUUUACACUUUAUGAGUUUUUCUCACCUUGAGUUCAGUAGUUAGCUUAGUAAAUAGAAAAGUAUUAGCUGUAUUCUUCUGUUUAUUGCUCCCACAGUAAGUCCAGUAAAUGCACAUCACAAAGGACUUAAAGGACACUAUAUUGGACUCUGCAUUGACCCGUUUCCACCUUCUGUAUGAACUAAAGGCCGUACAUAAAGAGCCGCCUCUGUGUGCAGGAUAUGGAAUCAUUCAAAGAGAGCCAAUCAGAAAAGACACGUGCUGUUAAAGACAGACCCAUGAGGACCAGGACCAGAAUAUAAAGUCUUUCCCACUGUCCCCUCCAGUCCUCAAAACUCUCAUUUGAACAGCUCUGUAAACAUCUCCAUCCCCACCAACAGCCCGGUCACUGUAGGAUAAUGUCCAUCCCAGGUGCAUUAGUGCUCACAGAGCGCACCGAUGAGUACAGAGCGCGGCGAUUGAUUAAUGGCUCCACAGCGCGGGGCCAUUUGUCACAACGCUUCACAGCCGGUGCGGGAAAUACUAAUUGCCUGCAGUCACUCCUCCGUUUGUUGUACAUGAAAAAGAAGACAAUAGUGUUGUGCUUUUCCUCAGGUGUGAUGAAGGAACUGUGGGCCGACUAUUUAAAGAGUCUGCAGUCCUGUCUGUCGAUAUACAGUUCUCUUCUCUGCAUCGUUUUCAGAGGAUCUAAUCAAUACUUAAUUUUUGGGAAAUUCCUCCUGUGAACAACAAGACGACUGAAACUCUGAUUAUAUUCAUGUGAAUGAAAUCAGGCUGUGCUCUUGGCUUUCUGCCUGUUUCUGCCUGUUUUGAACUUCAGUGACCUGCUCCGUCAGAAGUGAUCACGCUCAGUAACUUUUCUGACGUUUCACUUUAACACAAACACGACAGAGCGACUCCUGCUGCAGCUCCGAGCUAAAGAGGACAGAUAUUCUGCGUGGGAGUUGGGUUUUUAAUGUGGGCCAGGGUUUGCAGUGUCACAGUAUAGAGGAGUGUAAAGAAAGAGGUGAAUCACUCGGAGCUGUCAGAGCGUGAAGCCUCUCGGUGUCGAAUGUUGGUGAACCCCUGCUGUGAGCCUCAUGAGGGUGUGCGCUAAAAAGAUCCGUCAAACAACACGGCGGAGGGAGCAGAGGCGCUUUGAUUCACAGAACAACACGACAGGCGUGCAGGGGGGUCUGUUGUUUAUCCUGUCCAGCUGCUCGGUUUUCAUGGAACGAUUAUUGAUUAAAUUAUGCUGGUCACUUUCAUCCGAGUCUCUUCAUAAAUGGUAAAUGCUGAGUGCAGCACCUGUUAUGAUAUUAAACUGUGGGAACAGGAUCAGGAGAGGCGUUAGUGCAGAGAAGGACAUGCCGUGAUUACAAAUGGGCUCAUACUCUGUCACCGUCAAAACUUCUCCUGAUUUUACCUCCUUAUGAAACAACGACAACAACAAAGUUAACGGUUCGAGGUCAGCCUGUUUCUGCAUGGAUUAAAUACAGUGUUUAAGAUACUCCACGUGUUUCCUUUUUCAUACUGCCUCACCUUAAUGUGUCUUUGGAGAAGGAGAGUAUAAAGCCCCAUGUUAUAGGAUUUCAUGUAAUUCAUUCAGUCAUUUUGGCUGAACAAAAUGUUGUUUUGAUAUCUGACUAAUCUGUGCGUGAAGCUCUGAUGAGCAGAGGUGGAAAUAAUUUGUUUCCUUUUCUGAUUUCUCGUGACAAACGCCUAAAAAAAUGAGGUUCAUGUCACGGUUUUCUCUUCUCACCUCCCACGGCCUCUCAGGAGAGUGAUACCAGGGGCUGACGACUGACCACUUUGACUGUAAACUCUGAACAAUCACAAAGUUUCUAGAAUUUCAUGGAUAAUUAUCCAACAUCACAGAGAAACACAAUAGAGAGGCGAUAUUUAAAUCUCUUGUGAGGAACAUCCUACGGAGAAACCAGCGUAUAAUCAAGAGAGGAGAGACUCUAUUAUGAUUCAAUAUUCCUCCCAGCCGACAGUGGUCCGAGGAGCGAGCGGCUGCUUUGUUAUGCAAAGCAUGCUGGGAACAAAGCGAGGCCGACUAUCAGACAGUCUACCGGUGCAACUUUCCAACGCUUUUCUCGCUCAUUAGGUCAAACUCAUGCAUUUGAAGGUCUGUCUGUACCUCUCAACGUUUAAUGCCAACAAAGGCCGACAUCGACAACUGAGCAAGAAAGAGAGAGCUACACAUUUGCAUCAGAGUUGCUCAUUGCUGAACACACUUAAAACUUUUUCCUAUUGUCCCAAUUUUACCACAAGUUACUGCAACAGUUACAGGCCAACUUCUUAUGGGGCGCUCACACGAAGUGCAAGAACAAGCAUACACUCGCUUUAUUCAUGCAAAUCUAGACCUGUGAAUGAAAAGUAUUUACUCGCUUCAAUUGAGCGUACGGUAAUUUCAACGGUUAUCUCUGCAAAUUCAACCAGCGGGAUCAAGUGAUAGACAAAGGAUUUUUAACAAUUUACCAGGCAAUCCAACCUCCUCACUCACUUUCUUCCAGGUGAACUCUUUUUUAUUCCGGUUUCGGUGAUUAAAAGAAAAGGUAUCAUGUAAUUCGGGGCACCGCCACACCGCCACAAUCAGUUUGUCCUUCAUUUCAGUCGGCAACCUUCAUGCUGAUUGGUUUUCGCGACUGGUGUAUCCACUCAAGUUGAGACACUUUAGCUCAUGCCCAAUUCCCAUCAUUCGUAGUAGGAGCGUCUAAUCGCGUCUUUGCAUUGACUUAACAUGUAAUUCACUCGCGCGAAUGAUUUUACUCGCUUGGUGUGUGGAGACAGUUAUAGUCUGAUUUAGAAAAUGCAUGAAUUUGUCCACCAACAUUUACGCCUUAUCUCAGGUGGAGCUCCUCUCCUGCUCACCUGUCUCAUGUAUUAUGGAGGUCGGUUUUUCUCUUUACUGUAAAUGAUCAGGAAAAGAAAGUAUGAAACAUAUAAAUGCAAUCCAUCCAAAUUCUCCAUUGAAGAUGAAUCUGCAUCUGAGGCAGUAAAAUCCAGUCAUAGUUUAUGAUUUUGUGGUGGCCAAUCAUAUUUCAAGGGGGGCCAGGACACCCCUGGUCCUUCCUCUGGACACGCCCCUGUCUGCAGAUACACCGGACUUUGUAUGGUUCACUCUUAGAGUCAGUUUUAUAGUAGAAAUGAUGUAUAAUGAUCACAAAGAUACUCAAAAACAUUGAAAUAUAUCCUGAGAAAGACUAGUUCUCCUGCUUCAAACACUCACUCACACAUAUUGAUGAAAACAUGAGGCCAUGGUUCGAGGUGCCCGUCUGAAAUCAAAGGGAAACCUGCAAAAACGUGUCAAAUAUAAAACUAACGGCACCAUCAAAAGACAAAGAGGAAACAGCACAUGACUGCUCUGUUUUUGUCCCCUGAAGUUCUCAGAUGAACAGUUUUUUCAUGUCUUUAAAUCUGAGCUCCAAACUCCUCCAUGAUUCUCCUCCACCUUCCUCUGAGUCGAGGUCUUGUUUGUUUGUUUCCUUCGCUGACACCACGCCGUCUCUCACCCUGUGAAUCAAUACGAGUAACUUUCGAUACGCCCCCCUCAGAUUUAGAGCUUUUUUGACAAUCGGCUCCGAGGAUCAGGGUCAGUGCCCAGACUCCACGCUGUCAUUUUAAGAUUCUCUUUAAUAGCAUUAAAAAGCUGCUUCAGCCUCCUGAUCUGGACUUAUCUGGCAGCAGGGGAUUUCACUGGACUGUCAGGAGCACGUGCUCGUAUCUGUUUGUGGUUUUACCGCUGAAACGUUGUUUUCUCAGUUUUGUCACCAACACUCUUUUAGUUUGGGUCUUUUCACUGAGCGCUCUGAAUCCUCUGCAGCUUUGAUGAACGGUUUCUCGGAUGACUCCCUCACUGUUGGUUCUUGUUCUUGAGCUGUUUUUUCUGAAACUUUCAAACAUUUUUUUUUAGUAGGAAGUUGUUUUUACAGGUUUUUAGAUCUUUAAGGUUCUUGGAGAUCUGGAUUUCAUCUUCUUCAUGUUUGCAGAAGCAUAAGGAAAAUGACAAACCAAGAGUCAGAGGCUUUAAAUGUUGAAUACGGCUUUUAAACCAACUCACUCUAAGAUCAAAACAGCUGAGCAAACUGCCUCUGAAGAUAAUUUAAUGUCCACACUCUUAACCCAAAUUUAGAAAUCUGCGUAACUGUAGAAAGGAUUUAAGAUUUCACAGAAAUCAAACAUCAGACAGAGAUCUUCUCACUUUCUCCUCAGGGUCAUCCUCGGGUCAGAUAUUCGCUCAAAUCUCAACAUCUUUUGACAGAUUAGCACAAGAUUUGGUUCAGAGUUUAAAGUCUCCAGACAAUAAAUCCUUAUGACUGAAAUGAUACUUAAGCUGAUCCUUCAGGAGACCAAUAAGGUAUUAAAUAUUUGGGUUUUUUAUUAAGACGUUCAUGACCUCUCAGAUCUUUGUUUAAUUUUAGUGAUCUCGAUACUCUUAAUCCCAGGGGGUGAGGGUUUCCUCCCUAAUCUGGCCUUUGGGAAAGUACCUGCAAACACUAAAUGACGAGAACAACGACAAAACUUUGAUAAUGGUGCGUGUUACACAGUAUUACUGCUGCCAGAUAAGUCCAGAAUUAAAUAUUAGUUUAUUAUUAAAAAAACACAUGAAGAAAAUGAGCUUCAUGGUUGGAAAUGCAGGUUGAUCUCAAUCAUGUUUACCUUCAGCACUUUAAGCCCCGCCCACAACAUCAGCUGAUUGGCUAAGUGUCUCACGUCUUUGUGAUGUUGACAGAAAGAAUAUUGGUUGCAAAUUUUGUCCGUCGCUCUCCUGAAAUAAUCAUUAUCAAUAUUAAUUGGUCAUCCACUAAUCAAUUCCAAUAUGGUGAUAAUAUAAUAAUAAUAAUAAUAUCCAAUAGUAAUCCUAAUGUUGUUAUUUCAUUUUUCCACUUUAAUAUUCUCAGUAAAUGACUCACCCAUAGACUGUGUAUAGAAUGGACGUCAUCUACCUCCUCGCUCCUCACCGUGAGAACAGCACCCUCUGGUGACGGGCUGCAGUAUAGGUCAUAAGUCCCGCCUCCUCCAGAAAUCCCUAUGGAGCUGUGGACAAACUUCAGAAAUUUAUUAAACAGAAUAUAAAUUUUCUGAUGUUGACAUGAAGUUACAGUCAGACUGGUUUGUCCUCUUUUUUCUGUACAGCUCCAUUUUUAAAAGUUAUUCGGGGGUUCAUGUUUUCUUUGAUUGACACCUGAUACAGCCUAUUGGCGUACAGAGAUUGCGUAGCUCACCCGGGGGAUACGCUGUUUGAGCCGAGCGUCAUCACAGUGACCCCCGACCUCUGAAAUUCACUCCCUAAACCCAGAGACUGUACAGACCCCCAUAGUUUCAAAACACUCCUAAAAAGACACCUUUUUAAAUUGGCUUUUAACCUGUGAACUGUUCUGUUAUUGUCUUUUCAUAUUGUGUCUUUUUUAACCUUUUACAUUGAUGGUUUUAAUUCUUAAAAAUUUCUGUAUUUUAAUGUUUUUUUCUCUGUAAAGUGUCUUUGAGCACCUGUAAAAGCAUGUUAUAUAUCAAAUUUAUUAUUAUUAUUAUAAAUUUGUUUAAUGACAGAAGGCGGAGCCAAGUUGUCCAGGGUAUAUUCAGUCCAUGGACUCACCUGACCUCACCUAAAAUCACUUUUGAGGAGCUGUCACGUCGUCCUCCUUUUUUACACCUGAACAUCUGGACGGAUCUGAAACUGAGUUCAUUCCAGGUUUCCAUAAUGUUUGGAGUCAUUAGCCUGAUGUUUAGUUUGCCCGUCUUCAUCUGGGUCCGUUCAGUGUGCGAGGAGUCACCCCGGCACUCUGGAGGCUCUGUAGUUGUGAUGCCGUAUUACACACUGAUUGGGCUUCAACCUUCGAAUGCUUGCGGCAGAAGAUUUCCCUGCUGAGUGUUACAACUCCGAUCAGAGAAUUGCGGGAGCACAUUAGUCACCGCUGUCUUAUUUUCCUCAUGACCUUGGGUGAUGUAUUGCUUUCAUUAUCUGCCGAUGUACUUGGGAUGUUCAUUAUGCAGUGUUUUGAUAUUGUGCUGCUGUCUUCCUCUGUGUCUGGCUCCUCUCCAGGUGUAAGCAGCCAGCGUGGGGACGAGCUGCGUGUUUUCCUGCUGGUCUGCGGCCUCAGGAGAGUCAAGGACCCCCUCUAUCUGGUGGAGGUUUUUUCAGGUAGAUCAUGCAAUAAUCAUGUUUGCCGUCCUUUUUAUGCCUGUACCGGUGAUGAGACAUGGAAAACACACAUUAAGAAGUCAUGACAGAGCAGCUUAAGGAGGGUCUGGGUGUUUCUGGCUCUUAGGUUUGAACCUUCAUAUCAGGUAAACCCUCAAAAACAAACACGACCUGCUUGUUUUUCUGUCUGCGGUGGAGGCAGCGGCGGCGGUGGCGUCCUCAUAAAUUAAGAAUCGAGCUCGAUCUCUGCGGCUGAGUUUCACUUAAUUGAAAAUUUAUGUGAAAGUGCAACAAGAUUCUUCUGACAGCUCCUGUUGGCCCUACAAAGGGACUAUAUCUUUCUUUUAUGGUGUUUCUCGGAGUUUAUACCUAGAGUAUAUCUUUGAAAUCUCACAGAUCCUUUUUUAUAUUCUCUUUUAUUAAACGUGGCAACAGUUAUGGUAAUAAGGCAGCACUAGAGGGCGUCAAACUGUGUUGGAAAGUUUCAUCCAGAUGAGAGAAGCAGGUGUGUGGACUGUUUUUAGAUUGUGCUCUCAAAUACUACACCCUACUCUAAAAGUGUGGGGGGUUUUAUGCUUUUUAAAUCAUUUGAAGCAACAAAUCAAAUAAAUGUUUUUGUUUAAGGAAGCAUAUAAACUUAUUUUUUAUGGGUUGAGUUUGAGUUUGAGCAGCAAAACAUUGAAAAGUUGUUUAAGGAUGGAGGAGAAAAAAAACACCUAGAGGAACAUCUAAGAUUAAUGUGCAACCACUUAGAAACACGUCUCUGUGAGAGACCGAGUGAGCGAGGACUUAACGGUUUCAGAAGAGCGAAGUGUCGUUAUAAGAUGAAGAGAAUCUGGAGGAAACUCUGUGGGAAGAUGAUAAAGGCUGAAAACUGGCUGUGAUCUUUCACUCUGUACUGGGAAUCACUGCAUGGAGCAAAAUCACAAGACAAGACAGUUUUGAUCCAUAAAAAGAGGGAAUUAUAUAUAAACGGUGGACUUGUUACCGAAAGGAAGACCUUUAUAUUUCAGCAAAACAAAUAGAACUCUGAAGUGGAAAUCACUGCAUGGAAAGGUCAACUGGACUUACUUGAGACGUUUCAAAACGUCUCAAGUAAGUCCAGUUGACCUUUCAACGAAGAUUUAGGAAUCAUAGAUGCUGCGUCCUCAGUUUUAAAAGAGUAGAAGGUCCACCCCGGCUUGUUCUCAGCAUCCCUGCAGGUCUGAGGAUCAUCAGACCCCGAUCUAGGGCUGCACGAUUUCUCUGAAAACUUUUUUUUUAUUUUGAUUUUUUCUUCACUGAAUUUCACUUUAAUAAUAAAAAGUUUUUUCUAUUAUCUCUCAAAACAAAAACCACUUAAAACAAUGUUGUGCAUAUGCCGAGCCAGUAAGUGGCGCUGUAACGCUGCACAGGAAAUGUGCAAAAGACAGAAGAAGAGUACAGAGCGUGUGUAUAAAGGUUAUUUGGCGCCAUAAAAGAGUUACUCUGUGUGUCACACGAUCGUUUCCAGAGAUGCAGAUAGACAUCCACACGGAGAUGGAAUGGUCGUCGUUAACAGAUUUAUUCGCUCUCUGACCCGUUUUUAAAAAGUACUGUUUACAGUCACCUGAAACGCCGUUUCUGUGUGGAUGAAACGCCGAUACGACAAAAAACUUGAGCGUUCACUCCUGAAUUCGUUUCCGUGGUGACGGGUUGAUACCGCCUUCAGACAGACUUUGUGUUUCACAGCCAUAAGGAAUAACCAGUCGGAGCCCAGCACUUCUAGCCAGUCAGAGGCGAAUAAGGGCGGGACCUUCCCCUACCAUCCUCCAAAAAAAAUUCCGCCUCCUGCAGGAAGGGGGAGCCUAUGGUGGCCUGGAGGCAGGAGACAUGAUAGAGAGGAAAAUCGAUUUGACGAUUUUUAAUUUCUUUAACAUCGUCAUGAUCAAAUAAUUCGAUUAUGAUUUAAAACCGAUUAAUCGUGCAGCCCUACCCUGAACUGUCGAGCAGCUGGAAUCCUUUCAUUUCUUGUCUUUGCUUUAUUUUCCAUUAAAUUUAGUGGUUUGCAGAGUAUCAAAUUCUAAAUCGUAAAUGUAGUCGUAAAGUAAAUUUCAGCUCUUGGAUUUAAACACAGAAGAAUCUUUACUCCAUUUUUCUAUAUUUCCAGUUUUACAUUUCUAGUCUAAAACGAGGAUUAACUGAAUGUCUUGUUUUUCAGAGUGGCAUUGUGAAGAUCCGCUGAAUGUCUUAGUCAUCAUCGGGCCAAAGGUGAGCCAACAGUCAUUACACCGACUCUCCCCCUCCACAAACUGAUGCUCUCGACUGUAAAAGAAACCCACAAUAGGCGCCUCCGUCUCCGGGUGUCCAGGCGGCCUCUAAUUGGAUGUAGCACAGAUACUGGCUUAACUCUUUAGCUGGAAUUAAAGGCCAUGAUGGGAGGAAACGGCAAUCUUCUGCAAACAUGGCAAAGGUCAACAGCAGCAGCAGUGGUCCUGUUUAACUUUUGUGUCUCUAACUGUUUUCUUCACUAAUGUGUCCUCUGCUCCAGAUUAGCUCUGGGAUUUGACCAGUGACCUGUUUACAGGAACCUCAUUUUAUUAGACUCACAUGUGCAGCUUUGUUUCUCCUGAAGCACAAACGCACCGCCGUGUUACUGUCAUGUGUGUUAGUCCUCAGGACAUGCUGUAUAGCGCACGUACACGCACACGUACACACACGCCGAGUCGAAUAAUUGGAAAAAAGCAAUAAGGCCCGUCAUGAUUUAUGAUGAUUCAUAAGUCAGGGCGCACAAUCAAAUCAGAGGAGGGCGUUUUUAUACAUUUACUGUAAAAGUGUGUUUUUUUCUCUGAUUGCACUUUUAUGUCGACUCGAUGCUGCAGAUGGAAAGACAGACAGACAGACAGACAGAUAGACAGAUAGAUAGAAGUCACAUCCACCAACCAGCAGCUUCAGCCUCCCCCCUCCUCUCCAAUCUCCCCCUCAUUGAUUUCUCUCUUCAUCUCCUCGCUUUGAUACGACAUCUCUGUACAGUAUUUUAUCGCCUGUUCAGGCAGAGGUAUGUUCGGCUUUAGGUUUCUUUUUCUCGCCCCCAAAAACAACUCAAUUAGACACGACCAGGGGGCUCGCACACACGGUCCCAGCGCCGCAGCUCCUCGCCGCUUUGUUGUUGUUUGAUGAAAUGGUUCAGUGGAAGCAGAGACGUGUGAUUCAUGUCGACACUCCUGAAUCAGAGCGGGAACACGGCGGUUUGUUUGCCCGAGAAAUGAAAAAGCCACCGACUAUUAUUAUGAUAAACAUGUGUUGGUGUGAAGGCCACAUCCCUUCCCUCCUCCUCCUCCUCGAUAAUUACAGGACUCCACUUUUGAUUAAACAUUAUCAGAGAGUCAGCGGAGCGAGAGACGGGACUAAGAAACAGAAAGGAGACCAUCAUGUGCACUUUUAAAGGAGUAAUAAGCGCUCUGGCUGCACGGCAUCUGUCAUUAAGAGGAGAAUUCAGGUCACUUUGUCAGCGAUGACACAUGUCCCUCUGCAGUAAUAACGCAGCAUAUUCUCUGCCAUCACUGCAGAAAGUUAAGAAGGAUUACCCUAAAAAUAAAACGUUUUGUUUGGUCAUGUUUGCACGCUUCUGCAGCAAAUAUUUGCAGUUCAGAGAAUGAAGCACAAAAAAGAGACCAUGAUGAUGACUGCUCCUCCUUUCCUGUCAUUUCUGUCGAUUCACCGAGUUACAGUGCAGCAGGAUCAGUACAGUGCUUAAAUCAGUUGUUUGUUAAUACAUCCUUUAUCCUGAUACAUCCGCACACUGCUUUUACAAUGUGGGGCUAAAUCCCCCAGAUUAGACCAGGACACACCAGAACUCUCCUCCUCUGCGUUCAGAUUCUUUGAACUGAUGCAGGACGACGCGCCUUCCGGUCCGCUCCUCUCAGAAAUGUCAUAAAAUGAAAAGAGGGUAAAAAAAAAAGUAGCAGCUUGCUUGGCAACAUCUUUGACCUAAAUUGCGAUGCUUUGACUUUUCUGUGGGCUGGCUAAUGCACGCAAAUCCCACACUGCAAUUAAUCAGAUUGGCCACCCACCCCACCCUGACCCCAAUCUCUGAAAAUAGAGGAUUUACAGAGAAUCAUUUGCCCAUGAUAGAAAUGAUUAUUAAUUGUGUCAUUGUUGAUUUCAUCCUCCUGAUUAAGUCAUUGCUUGAAUCCUUGAUGAAAACACAGAUUCUCCUUCUUUUUUUGACACGUCUGUUUGUUUGUUUGUCUGUCUCCCUCAGAUUGAUCCGGCGCUCACGGUGGAGGUGGAGGCCGUUACUCAGAGGUAAAUCUUGUUUUUGUUGCUCCUCUUGUUCGCUUACACAUCUCAUGAAAGACAAAACUUGAGAUCUGACAGUUUAAUUGCAGAGACUUUUUCCUCCUGUGAGAAAUCGAAACACAGCUUAUCCUUCCACUCGUCCCACGCAGCACAAGAGAGUCUCUCAGUAAACGCAGCUUACAUUUAUCUUGACAUUAUGUAAACAGAAUAAAAAUCUUUGGGGAGCGCCGUAAUCCUCUGUUUUUUAUCUGUCCUCCUACUCUCAAGUCUCGAUCUCUCAGUUUUGUCUUUGCCAAAGGCCUUCAGCACCACAGAGAUGUUUGCGGCAGGAAGCUGCCCUCUCCGGUUAGGACUUUACCUGGACUCGCCGUGCAUGUCACCCGUACUGCGGCCCCUAGCUUGUCACUGCCCUUUAGCAUCAUUCACGCCUCUGUGAGCCUCGAGUCACGCAGAACUCAGCUCUGCCUCUGCUCCUGCAGAACAGCGGGGGUCUUCUUGGCCCAGGAGAGAAGCCAGCAGGAGCUCCACGCUGCCGUGAAAAGGUGCUUCGCCGUGGUCAACAGCUCUGUUUCAGAGGGCAUGUCAGCCGCCAUCUUGGAGGUAAACAUCUGCAGGCGGACUCGGCUGGUUUUAUAACAGGAGUUAUUGUGGCGCAGAAGAAUAUUUUGGUCAUGAGAGUUUGUUUAAUCAAAGUCUUUGCUGAGAAUCAGCCGAGCGAGCCGGAGUGUGAAUAUUUACAGCAGCUCUUAUCUUGUUAUUCCUCUCUCAGCUACAAUGUUAUCAGACCACUUCAGGGACAAUUACCCAAAUUAAUUGCUUGACUCCAAUCUUCCUAUUCCUGAGUGAGCAAAACCUGCAAAUCCACUUAAUCUCUUUUAAACUCAGUCGAUUAAGACAAUCCACAGUAGGCUCAGAGUCUGAUUAGUCUGUUAGCAUGUUUCACUCAACAACCUGCUGAAGGUAUAAGCUGAUACAGAUUAAUUCUGUGAGUGAACUAAUGGACUGAUGAGCAGAGUCGUCUCUCUGAACAACUGUCGAGGUGUUUCUCUGAGUCAGGGUGAGGAAGUCUUGAUCAGGACGCCGUAACUCUCUGAGCGCUCACUCCUCUCCUCUCUCUCUCCGCCCUCCACAGGCCAUGGACCUCGGGGUGCCGGUGUUGGCCCGGGACAUUCCUGGAAACGCAGCUGUAGUUCAACACGAGUUCACCGGCCUGCUGUACUCCACUCCUCAGGUAUACGGGCGCAAAAACACCAACGUCCAGGUCACUACAGAUGCUAAGCUCGGUUAAGCUUUAAUUCUGAAGAUAGAGAGGAUAAAGUGCUUUAUCACCGCAGCCAACAGAGACGCCUUUAACCUCAGCUGACCGGGGAGGCCCUCUGAAGACAUAUGCAUGUGUCUGUCUGAGAAACUCAGAUGUUAAACUCAUGGUUCUGGUUUUUAAUGGAUUUCAGGGACAGAGCGAAGCUGCAGCAGCACACGGUGAUGCAACUCAUGGCAUCAGCAGGAAAGGGCCGAGCGGCGAGUUCCCCCGAGAGCUCCUCAGUCUGAUAGUUAAUGAGGUCUGAUCAGAGUUUUCCUGCAGCUCUGUCUGUCGGUCCGUCUUUAACCCGUUUCCUCACACCCUCACUUUUUCUUUUCAUGUUAAGCUCCGUUUGAUCGUGUUUUUAUUGAUCAGAAGUUGUUUGAAACUGAAGAUUAUUGGAGUCACUAAAUGUGCAAAAACUUCGGGUUUGUGUUGAUUUUGGCGUCUCAUUCGCUCUUUGCUGAUUUUGCCCUGAACCUGUGUGACGUGUCCGAUCGAUCAGGAGUGAGAUUCUUCCAGAUUGGUCCAGUUUUCAGAUUUGGUUAGGUUCAGUUUGUCGAGUCCAGCUCUGAUAAAAACCUCACGGGGACUUUGGUGCAGCUGUGAAUAUAAGAGUCACAGCCGUAGGCCUCAAGUUUCAGUCCUCACCUCUGGGGUCAGUCCAUGUGUUCGUCGAUAUCACUGAGGGUUUGAUUUUUGGCUUCCUUCUCUGUGCUGGUAACGUACCAAAGUUUCCUAGCAGCAGGUGUUCGGACAUUUCACGAUCUUCGAUUAUGACGGUUAAAAAAUGUAAAUCCUCAAAUCAAUUUUCCUCUCGAUCAUGUACCGUGCCUCCAGGCCACCGUAGGCUCCCCAGUUCCCACACACACCAGUGUAAACAAACAUGGCGUUUGCAAAAGAAGGCGAUAAUUUCGUGGUUAAAUAGGACAAGAUGAAGUCAGUCGUGUUGAAUUGGUACGACUUCACAGUUUCAGAUGAAGAGUAAACCACUCCCCGCUGUAACGUCUGUCUGAAGGCGGUAUCAACCUGUCACCACGGAAACAAAUUCAGGAGGAAACGCCAAAGUUUUUUGCCGUAUCGGCGUUUCAUCCUCACGGAAAUGGCGUUUCAGGUGACUGUAAACAGUACUUUUUAAAAACGGGUCAGAGAGUGAAUAAAUCUGUAAACGACGACCAUUUCAUCUCCGUGUGGAUGUCUAUCUGCAUCUCUGGAAACGAUCAUGUGACACACAGAGUAACUCUUUUAUGGCGCCAAAACAACUUUUAUAUAUAUGAUAGAAAAACUUUUAUUAAAGUGAAGUUUGGUAAAACUGUCACUGAAUAAAAAAUCAAAAAUCGAGGAUUUUAUUUUUGUCCAUUCUCGUUCAGCCCUACUUCACACAGUUUAAAAUGAACUGAUUCACUUUCUGCGGCUUUGAAACCUUAAAAACACAAAAGCUCCUAAUUAGUUUGCUGAAUAUAUGAUCAGAGGUCCCGAUUUUAACUCUGAACCACAAAGAUCUGCUUUGUUUAAGUCUUUUAUGUCCCCUUCAAUGAAAGCUCUAUGAGUAAAGAAGCUCCAAGGGCGCAAACACAAAAAGUGAACUAAUCUCAGCUCUUAAACGCUGCACCUCCAGAAUCAUUUUAUCGGGUCUGAAUCUGUCCUGAACACGACCUAAACUCGCCAAACCGCACCUUUAACCUUUAACCUUUAUAAUGAGAAGUCUAACACGGACACAUUCAUUCAUGAGUGGAAAACUGACCUGUUUAGUCGAGUUAUUUCGCAGCUCAUUUGCACAUAACGCUGCUGCCCACAGGCUGGCAACAAGUAGUUGUUACUAUGGUAACCAGAGAGCGCUCUUAAACUUUCUUUCAGUGUGAAACUUUUCUUUGUCAAACAGAUGGAGGUCGGGGUGCAGGUGUAGCUCUUGAAUUAUUCUUGCAGUUAAAAUUUUCCUUCUUUCCUUUUUCUUUUUUAUCCUUCGCUCAUCAGAUUCCAGAAAACGCAAAAAAAAACAAUCUGUUUCUGCAGCCUGUUGUUAAUGAAUUUGUCUGACACCUCUCACACAGCAGGUGCUCCAGGCGUUAAAAAUAACCACAUGAGAAUAAUCAGUCUCCGUGCUCCAUAUAUGGAGUUUCAUCGUCAGAUAAAAACUCCCGAGUGGAGCUUUAAGUUCUCUGAGAAACGCGCUGAGGCAGAGUCAGCGGGGCAUGCCGAAUAACAAAGGUAUAAAGGUCAGGUGACAAAGAGCUUGACCGCCGUGCUGUCAUGACAACCAGCAUGCUCUAGCGUGAUGUUGUUGUAGCCGUCGAGUUAAGUCCCUCCUGGGGGAGAAGGGGGGGGCGGGGUCACGUGCGCUCGGCUGAGCUGCCAGGAAGAAGCUCUCACAGAUGGUCACAGCAUCUUGGGCUGGAUAAACCAUGACCUCAGCCAGAACUGACAGGCAACAAGCACCGCUCCUCCAGCCAGAACUUUCCUCACUCCAGAGUUUUCCCUCCUUUUUCUGCACACUUUCAAACCCCUCCCCCUCCCGACGGCUUAUUUUUGAUUGAAUGACGCCGCUGUCGGGUGUUGAAGUCUUCGGAGUAAUUACACCAGCCGUAUAGGUUUCAAGAAAAGUGUCUAAAAAAACAAACAAGCGCUUGAAAGCUUUAAAGACAAAAAUGGCACCUCCUGUCUGCCUCUGUAAUUUGCACUAAAAGUAAAGUGAUUAUAAGCGUGCUGCUCAUAAGUUGAGCUUUAAUCCUGUUGAGGAGGAUUUAUAGCUCUCAUAUGGCCAUACAGAGCAGCAGUUUGCUACCAAGAGCCUCUCCAGACAUAAUCACAUCACUUGAGUGAAGUGAAGUGGAGUGAAUUGGCCUGCUGACUGGCAGCAGCUGAAACUUUGUAUGCCCACUGGCUCUCUGCUGCAGUAAAUGUUGGCUGCCAUGUUGCAGGAUCCCUUUCAGGCACUUCACUUUGUUUUGUUGGAGGCUCCAGUCGCUCCUCUGGGCCAGCGGAUGAGCAACAAGGACUCAGGAUGCCAUUUGAUUACAGCACCUCUUUAGUCAUCAGUUUUAUCCUCGCCGUCCCGCGCCGCCGUGACAGCCGUUAUUACUGUAUUUUACUGGAGCUGUCACGGUGUUUGUUUCCACCUUUCCUCUGAAGCAGAUGAGAGGUGGCAGCUAUUAGGAGAGACUGACAAGGUCUGUCGGACAGUUGUUCUCAGAUCUUCAGCCAUAAAUAUCUCCAUCCUUUGGCUACGUCUUUUCCCUAAUCAGAGCUCCGGCUUUUAUCUGAAUCCUGUUCUUGUGUCUUAGACGAUCUUUUAUGUUUAAAAAGAAGGAAAAGAAGAAAAAACAUACCUUCAGGCGUCUUCAGUGGCGAGCUUUAAGUGGCAUUUGGCAGAAAAUAAGAACUGAUUUUGUCUUUGUCUCUGCCAGGAAUUUGUACAUCAGUCUCAGAGGCUCCUGUCAGAUCAGGCGCUGAGAGAGAGAGUGGUGAGGAACGGGAAACUCUACGUGGAAGAACAUCACAGCCUGAAGCAGGAGAGAGAAACCUACCAACAGCUGGUGGACUCUUUGCUCUGAGCUGAAGGUCACGGGGAUUCAUCUUCACUCUCAGGAACUUCACUUCACCAGCAGCACAGGGCAUUACAGCCAGCUUUUUGGAGUGGGGUUGCAUGAGAUGCGUGUCAGUAGUGAGUGUCGUACCUUCAGGUAAUCCAGGUGCAGCUGCUUUAAUGAGAAACCAGCCAGAGAACUGGAACAGGAGCCGCUGCAGACGGGUCAGCGGCUCAUUUCUGAGGAACUCCAACCCCCCAAAAAAACUGGAGUCAGUCUAAAUGCAUCAGAGAGCUCGUGCAUAAAUGAUGCAAAAGGUUCAUCCACCUGCAGCGCACUCAUCAGCUGUUCGGGUCUGCAAGUAUAAACAGAAACUUAAGAUUAUGUCAAAACUGAGAUGUAAAAAUAUUAAACUUUACAACCUCAUCAUCAUCGUAGACGUGAAUAACUGACCGGUUUGCUGCAGGUGAAGGAAACGUGUCUGAAGCAGUGAGAAGUUUACAAAUAUAACGUCCACCUGCAGUAACAUCAGUGCGUCUGAGUGUCUUAAGAGGAGCUGAACGACCUGGUAGAAUUGACCCUCUGGUUUCUGAAUAAAGGGACCGACUCUCUAAUGACAAGUACCUCAUACAGCCACACUUCCAAAUCCCCAAACUUCCCCUCCAGUCGACUGUAUUUAUCCUGCAGAAGUGUAAUUAUCGAAGUCGUCUUCAGUCCCAGUUUACUCCAGAUAUCAGGUUGCAAAGGUGCCUUUGAGAAACAGCCUGUUUUACUGCAUUGCCUUACUGAAACUACGCUGCAGAGCACUUUCAUCGGUCUGAUCUGGUAAUAAUCUGAAUGUAAGUGAAAUCAAUGAAGUACUGUUAUUUAUGUUUAACAUGAAAAGAGAAAAAUUAAAGAUUGGUGAUCAUUAUUGGAAA